GUGGGCUUAUCUGCAAAGGGGAUCUCUAGCCUGGUCUCGUUUUAACCGCAACCCAACCUGACGUGCCGGCCGGCGAGGCUUUUCAGCGGCCGCUCCGCCGUGUCGCCGUCCGCUCUCCACCCAGCUCCCCGUCGCAUCUCGAGUUUUCCCAGGCCUAGUUGUCGGGGACGCAGCAACCCAUCGCCAGAGCCAUGGGGUUCCUCGAGGACUUCCAAGCCAGAUCGAAAAAGUGGUUAAGCAGUAUUCGUGUGGAUAUGGUAACCCACCCUGCAGCGGUUUAUGCGGUAGAAGGUGUUGAAGCAUUGCCAGCUAUGCUGCAUAGGAACUAUUCAUUAAUGCGAGAGCUAGAUAGAAGCUUGCAAGGUGUGCAAACGGAAAAUGAGCAGCGCUGUCAGCAAGAAAUAGAGGACAUUAAGCAUGGACUUGAAUCUGGAAGUAUUGCAUUUGACCCUGCAAAACUUAAAUUUUCUGAUGAAGCAAUUGAUGAGCAGAAGCAUUGUGUUAGAAUUGCUGAUGAGAAGGUGGCUUUAGCCACUCAGACUUAUGACCUGGUUGAUGCUCACAUACAGCAGCUAGAUCAGUUUAUGAGAAAACUUGAAGAACUUCGACAAGAAAAGGAGGCAGCUACAGCUGCCGCCACUGCAGCUGCUGCAGGUACAACCGUUGCUGCUACUGUGAUGGCUAGUGCUGGUACCUCUGCUGUUGAUAAUACUCCAAAAGGUGGAAGAUCUGGCGAAAGAGGCCGAGGGGGUCGAAAGAAGACUGCUAAGGUGCCCACUGAGCAACCAGCACCAGCCAUAGAUUUAGAGCUGCCUGUGGAUCCUAACGAACCAACAUAUUGCCUCUGCAACCAAGUCAGCUACGGAGAGAUGGUCGCAUGUGACAAUAAUGAUUGCAAGAUCGAAUGGUUCCACUUUGGGUGCGUUGGCUUGAAAGAGCAGCCAAAAGGGAAGUGGUAUUGCCCGAGUUGCAUUGGAUUCCAGAAGAAGCGAAAAGGAAAGUGAAAUGUGAAUAUGUGAUCAAUCUUUGAUAGGUAGGAGGUACUAGCUUCUUGGUGAUAGAUAAAUCAGCUUGCACACCUUGCCGUUGUGCCAGCGUGGGUAACAAAGCAUAGCUCGUACUGUGAAUUGCUAUAGCUUCAGUGAUGACGUACAUGUUACCCCGAGGAAAUGCUGUAGGCAUCUUAGAGUUAGGACCAAUCAAUCAUGAAGAAGAGCAGUUGUUUCUGUAUGGUUGUAUCUUUAUUACGUUUUUUGGUGUAUGUGUAGGUUAGGAUCUUAAUCUAUCCCCGCCCAUGUGGGCUUUGAUGCAAUCUACACAUAGAUAUGUUUAUAACUAGCCAGAGAGUGAGGCCUAGCCUACUGCAGCUCAACACCUUUAUGGCUGUGCCGCUUUAUACGCAACACGCGAAGAUGCAGCCAGUAUCUUGGCUGUCUCUUCAGCCUUCAGGCACUGGGACUUGGAAGCAUUGCUUUCACAAGAUUUUGUGAAGUUUCAGGCUUGCCUGAU